AUGGCGACUCAACCCAUACGCCACUUAGAGCCUCCAUGUGCAUUUGCUAUGACAUACAUCAGUGUUGAUGAGAGACAGGAACACUGCCGGGUGAUCUCGAGCUGCCAAAAUAAUCAGCUCUAUGCACAACAUGGCGUAAAGGAUUUUUCAGUUAGCAGUAUGCAUCCACUAAAGAACUUAGACACUCAUAUUUUUUCUGGAGACUUCCAGACUCUAGCCUCCUGCCACAGAGGCAAGGCACCUUUGGCCAGUCCUGUGGAAAACCGAAUGUAUCGGAGCGUGGAGAACCUUCACUGGGCAACAACUGCUGACUCUGGGCUGUAUGCUCACUGCCGGAGCCUGGAUAACGAGAUCAUCUUUCGCUAUGGAGGCACCAGUCAGUGCACAGAAGGCAGUCUGGACAUGGCCUCAGUACAAAGCACAUCAGACUCUCCGAGAAACCUUUCUUUCCAUGCUAAACAGACAUCUCGAUCAGCACAGAAUGUGCUCCUCCCUCCCUUUGCCAAAGCGCCUCAGUGGCUCUUCCCUUCUGCAGAGGAAAGAGCCCUACAAGGGGAUGCCAAAAAAGAGCUGAAGGAGAAGCUGAAGCUGCACAGUAGUAAGGUGGCAGAGCCCUGUAAACCAAUGUGUCCACAGGUGACUUUGCCUAACCUGAUGGCCCAAGAUGUCACAGGGAGGCAGAGACUGUGUUUUGCACACAGGACCAUCAGUCCAGAAGACAUCAAGCACAAAGCUCAGAGGAGGCUGCAGCUCCGAAGGCAGAACAGCUCCCCCAAUUUGCCCCUUCAGUAUGCUGGAGAAAGCCUUGAGAUGGCCAAAUCCAGAACAGCAGAAAAGCUGGAACAAGAUAGUGGGGAAAGAGAUGUCAAAGCCACAUUGGGACAGAGCAAGAAAGGCCAUUGCAAAGGGAGGCUCUAUAUACCCACCUUUAAGGAAUUCAAGCAAAUGAGAAGCAAGGAGACAAGUUCAUCUGCCAGCAGCAAUGGGCCAACAGAUUGCUUGAGUAAGAGUCUGCCUGCAGACCAGACCCUGGAGGAGGAGAACAGUAAGAACAACUGUCCAGAAGCCUUGGGGACCAAAGCUGCUGAAGCUAUGAAUGAAGCUGCUGUCACAGCAGAGGAUGACGAUGACGUGUUCCAUGAAAGUCAUGCCUCUGCUGGCUUUUCCCAAUAUCCAUCCACAUGGGAUGGUUUCAGGAUGAUCAGCCCUGAGGUGAAGGACAGAACCUGCCAGAUCUCCAGCCCAGAUAGGUCACCGGUCCCCAUUUGUUCUAGCCCUAUUCCACGGUCACCAUUGCAGGCAGUAGCAGUACAUAGAGCUGGGCAGGAGAUCCUCAGUGAUGAGCAGCAGAAAAGAGAGACAAGACAAUUAAAUGAUGUCCCCCACCUUGCAGGGCAGGCGCUGGCUUCUGAAGCCCAGUCCUCUUGCUGUUCAUCGCUGCUGUUAGAAGCCAGAGACUUAACCAGCUAUGGAGCUAAGCUACAAAAAAUGAAGGAUGAAUUCAUAGGUUCAGCCCUGGAACUUAUUAAGAAAAGUAUGAAACCCAAUGACGAAGCAGAAGAGAAAGUUACGCUGCCAGUGCUGGAAUUGUACAUUAGCAGUGUGACCUACCAGCGUAAGUUCACCAGUGAAGCCUUUAAGAACUGCAAUGCUGAGACAGCUGCUAAAUCCCCCUCCAAGGGACAUUGUGAUCUGAGGGAAGCUGAUAUCCCACCUCCAGAGGACAGCCAACAGCCCACAACAAUGUCCAUGUCAACAGAGACCUGGGAGGACAAGCCAAGCAGUGAGACAGCCAGCAACACUCCACCUGCAGGAAAUACCCCCAGUGCCAGCUGCCGCCGAUCCAGCUCUGACAUCGUCCACGAGAGCGCGGAUGGUGCCAGGGCCCAGCGGGAGUGCCGGCUGCGACCACACUUCAGUGACCCUAUGCCGACAGACUCGGUGAAGAGGAAGCAGCUGGAGCUGAAGAUUGCAGCUGCAGCACGGCAACAUGCACAGAAGCGCCGGCAGGAACGAGACUACGGUACUCACCUUGGCCAUGGUGGCAGUUUUGAUGAGACCCGCCGCACCCCUCAUGGCUCCCUCCGCUCCAGACGUCAUUGGAGUAAUGUUAGCAGCCUGAGCACGGACAGUGGGAUUGUAGGUGUGAACGAUGUCCGGGAUGACCUGGAUCCCAGCGAGGCCACACGGACCAAGUCAGCAGAUGUGGAAAGGGCAGAUAGUGGCAUUGGCCAAAUGCCAGCCAGAAAGUGGAGGAACAGGGCAUCUGAAACACUGAGCUCCCUAAAGGCCUGGGAAGCCCAUCGUCCCUGCACCGACUGUGGAGAAAGGGAGCUGCCAAGACGGGCUGACCUCUGCGAAAAGUGCCGCAAGCGCAGGACAGAGCGCAAGGAGUCUGUGCUGGAAUUUGUCAAUACAGAGGCCAGCUACGGAGAGGACCUGCGAAUCAUCAAAGAGGAGUUCUACCUACCCAUGCAGGCAGCUGGGCUGCUGAGCCAGGAGCAGCUCCUAGGAAUCUUCAGCAACAUCCAGGAGCUCAUUGACCUCAAUGAGAACUUCCUGGAGAUACUCCAGGAAGAGAUUGAUCAGGCUUUUGACCAGGGUGAUGAUGACCUGGUGACUGUGUGCAUUGGAGAAGUGUUUCUAGAAUUUGUCAACAUGCUGCCAGCCUUUCAGACCUACUGUCUUCAGCAGUCCUCCUCCGUGAAUAUGCUCAAUGCACUGGAGAAGGAGAAGGAGUUGCUCAGAAUAUUUCUCAAUGUCUCCCAGAAUGACAACACAGCACUACGGCGGAUGAACUUGAGGUCCUUCCUGAUUGCCCCCUUGCAAAGAGUCACCAAAUACCCACUGCUGCUCAGCAGAAUCAUCAAGGCCACCACCGAGUACCACCCAGAUCAUGGCAGCCUGCGUGAGGCCAAGAGCCGCAUUGAGUCCCACCUGGAACAUAUCAACAUGAAAACCAAACAGGAAGGGAACACGUGGACCCUCCGGUCCUUUCGCCAGGACAGCAAGAAGAAGAGGGAAGUCAUCAACAUUGAGAUGAGAGAAACUGCACUCAAAACUGUGGGUUGGCUACGGGAAGAAACACGAUUUGUGAUGGAGGGGUCUCUGCAGCUCGCCCAGCCCCCCGACGGCCAGUGGGUGAAGAAAGGCAGCAAGACCCUGAAGUUCCAGAACAUGCAGGUCCUCCUCCUGGUGAACAUGAAGCGUGUGUCCGAGUCCAGCCUGGAGUCAGCUGAGCCAGGGCCCGUGAAGGACGCGGUGCUGGUACUCAUCAGGGACAAAAACAAUGGGAAGUUCCAUUUGCUCAGGGAGCCUUUGAGGCUGAGUAAUUGCAUUGUCUCCACUGAUCCUGACUGCGACGACACUUUUGAACUCAUUGAGAUCAGGCGAGAGGCAUUUGUGUUCCGGGACAGUGACCGGGCACGGACUCACCACUGGUUCAGGCAGAUCAGGCGGUACUCGAGGGAGCUGGGCUCCUGGAAGAAGCGGCGCAACGCGCUGCCCAACAUCAUGAUCAGCACCCCUCAAACCAGGCCCUGA